AUGUUGUUUAAUAGAGAAGUUGGCCAUAUUGUUAUUUUCGACCUCAAUUGUUUUGUGGAACUUUUUCCUUGGAGAUCUAAAACUCCUCUAAUUUAUAGAGCUGUUCCAAGCUGGUUUAUUCGGGUGGAAUUGUUGAAAGAGAAAUUGUUAGAAAACAACAAGGAGACUUACUGGGUUCCUGAUUUUGUAAAGGAAAAACGCUUUCACAAUUGGCUUGAGAAUGCUAGAGACUGGGCUGUCAGUCGAAGUAGAUUUUGGGGCACUCCUUUGCCAGUGUGGAUCAGUGAUGAUGGUGUGGAAAUCAUUGUGAUGGACUCCAUUAAGACACUUGAAGAGCUCUCCGGUGUUAAGGUUUGAGCUUCUCUUUCUCUUGCACACAUAUGAAUAUAUAUGAUUACUUAUUUUUUUAAUUCAACUUUA